CAAAGAGAAGAUAAAAGCACAUGGUGUGUAGUAGUAGUUCACAUAGCUAAUUCAAGUGCUUUGGUUUCCAAUUGUUUGCAGGCAUCUCUGUUGGGAGAAGCAAUAACAGGGAAAGGAAUUCUAGCACAACUCAAUCUUGAGACCGGUAUUCCCAUCUAUGAAGCUGAGCCUCUUCUUCUUUUCUUCAUCCUUUUCACCCUUCUUGGAGCCAUUGGAGCUUUGGGAGAUAGAGGCCGCUUUGUCGAUGACCCUCCCACUGGCCUUGAAAGGGCUGUCAUCCCUCCUGGCAAAGGACUCAGAUCCGCGUUGGGCCUUAAAGAAGGAGGUCCACUAUUUGGAUUUACAAAAUCAAACGAGCUGUUCGUGGGACGAUUGGCUCAGUUGGGGAUUGUAUUCUCUAUAAUUGGAGAAAUAAUAACAGGGAAAGGAGCUCUGGCACAGCUAAACAUAGAGACAGGAGUUCCAAUUGGUGAUAUUGAGCCCCUUGUGUUGCUCAAUGUUGCCUUCUUCUUCUUCGCCGCAUUGAAUCCUGGAACUGGAAAAUUUAUCACAGAUGAGGAAGAAGAAAAGUAAAUGUUAGAUUUUGAGAUUUUUGCAAGAAACUGUCAUGUAGUUUUUUCUUCAUGUAUGUAAUAGUAAUCUCAAACUUAAAAACACUAGUGAUUCUUUGUUUCCUAGGCA